ACUGCUGUUCACCUCACCACACCCUCGAGCAAGGGAAUCCAGUGAAACUCAACAUGAAACUCGUCAGCUUUGUGGUCUUGGCCUGCGCGGCCUGGCAGGCGGCAGGAUAUCCUUACUACCCGUAUUAUGGAAACAAUUAUGACACUUUAUCGUACGGAUCGAGCGACAACACCCGCGGCGGGAUGGUGAUGAGCCGCUACUUCAACCCUUACUACAACCCUCGCGCCGUCGGCGGCGGCAUGGCGGCCUUCAUGUUCAAGCAGCCUGAAGAACCCGCGCAGCAAGCGCCUAGCCAGUACUACCUCCCCGACCGCCGCCGCCAGACCCAGGACGAAUACUACCCGCAGCAAAACGAGGUCUUCUUCCCUCAAGCUCCCGAAAAACCCAUCGUCACCGAAGCCACUGAUCUCGUGGAGCCGACUGAGAAAACUGAGUUUGUCCCGACCACAGCCCGCACCGUCACCACUGUGCCAGAGCUGGUAGAGCCAGAAGUGGAAGAAGUGGAGGAGCCAGUGCAGAAGCCUAAGAAGCGAGUGUCCAAGAGGAAGCAGGUGAAGAGGCCAGUCGAAGACGAGGAGGAGGAUGAUGAUUAUCAGCCCAAGAUGCCCACAGGAGCGUUCUUCCCGAUGUUCUUCGGCUGGGGUGGAAGGUCUGCGAACGGAGGCGGGCCUGGUGGAGCCACGGCCAUCGCCAACGCGUACAGCACCGGCCGCGGAGGAGUCGCCACUAGUCACGCCACAGCCUACGGCGCUCCCAGACCGGACUUCAAGUCGCAGCCUUAACUUAAGCUAAUUUAUCUUGGUCUUUAGGCGAGAUGCAGAUACUAAGGAAAUAAUCGUCGAUAAGUCACGUGAUUUUUCGAUUGCAUUCAAAUAUCUUGACAGUAGUUUGUCUUCGAAAAGCAUCUCAUUUAAGGACUUUUGUUAUAG